GGACGGGCUGACGUCGGGGCGGGGCGGGGGCGGCGCGGCGGGGGGCGCGCGCAGAGAGGCGGCGUGCGGCGGGCACCGCCACCGCCCCGGCCCGCUCCGCUCCCCGGCCGCCGCUCCGCCGCCAUGCCCGGCUCCAUCUACCAGCCCGAGGGCGGGCAGCCCCCUCGCGGCCCGCCGCGCUGCCUGGCGCUGCUCAGCCCGCCGCCGCCCGCCGGCCAGGAGCCGCCGCCACCGGAGCCCGAGCGGGAGGGGCCGCCGGCGCAGGACGAAGCCGCCGCCCUGAGGUUCGCCCUGGACCAGUUCUCGCUGCUGGGGCUGGAGGAGGCGGGCGAGCGCGGGCUGAGGGCGGCGGAGGCGGGCGGCGCGGGGCCGGAGGAACCGGAGGCGGUGGCAGGAGGAGCGGGGCCGGGCGGCCUGCAGGCGCGGGAGCGCGGCGGCGGCUCCCCCCCGGCUCCCGGCACCGCCUCCCCCCCGGCCGCCUUCGGGAACUUCGCCCCGCACCUGGCGCCGCCCGCCGCGCUGCUGGCAGAGCCGCUGGGCAGCAGGAAGAAGAGCGUGAACAUGACCGAGUGCGUGCCCGUGCCCAGCUCCGAGCACGUCGCCGAGAUCGUGGGCCGGCAAGGCUGCAAAAUCAAAGCCCUUCGUGCCAAGACCAACACCUACAUCAAGACGCCGGUCAGGGGCGAGGAGCCUGUUUUCAUUGUGACUGGGAGGAAGGAGGAUGUGGAGAUGGCGAAAAGGGAGAUCCUCUCGGCCGCUGAGCACUUUUCCAUGAUCCGAGCGACACGCAACAAAGUGAAUGGGCUGACGGGAGCGAUGCAGGGACCCCCUAACCUGCCGGGACAGACCACCAUCCAGGUCAGGGUCCCAUACCGUGUGGUGGGGCUGGUGGUGGGGCCCAAAGGAGCCACCAUCAAGCGGAUCCAGCAGCAGACACAUACCUACAUUGUGACACCCAGCCGGGACAAGGAGCCCGUCUUCGAGGUGACGGGCAUGCCCGAGAACGUGGACCGGGCGAGGGAGGAGAUCGAGGCGCACAUCACCAUGCGGACAGGCUCCUUCAUUGAUGUCAACGCCGACAACGACUUCCACUCCAACGGCACUGACGUCUGCCUGGACCUGCAGGGCAGCACGGGUGGCCUGUGGGCCAAAGCCCCCCACCCUGCCCGCCGCCCCUCGGCCGCCCUGCGCAAUGACAGCCUCAGCUCCUUGGGCAGCACCUCGACUGAGUCCUUCUACAGCGGGCGGGUGGCGGAUGCCAGCCCCACCAGCCCCUACAGCACCAGCUCCAGCUUCACCUUCAGCGAGCCCCCGGCCCCGCUGGGCUCUGAGGAGUGUGACUUUGGCUUCGACUUCUUGGCCCUCGACCUCACAACACCCACUACCACCAUCUGGUCACCCUUCGAACGCUCGGGCAACCCCUUGCAAGCCUUCAGCAGCUGCUCCUCCAUCAACGGUUCGCAGAGACGCAACAGCAGCACGGCCACGCCACGCCACUCGCCCACCCUCCCUGAGAGUGGUGGGGGGGGAGCCCUGGAGCACCCCUUAGCUCGCCGCAUCCAGAGCGACCCUGUCAGCACCUUGUCCUGGCUGCCCACCCAGGGCUCCUUGUCCUCCUUCUCCAACAGCACCGGCUACUCCUCCUCCUCCUCCCUGCCUGGCAGCAUCUCCGCCACCUCGGGCUCGCCCACCGAUUCCAGCAGCUCGGAUGGGCCCCGCAAGAGCUCCCGGGAGUGCAUGGUGUGUUUCGAGAGCGAGGUGAUCGCCGCCCUGGUGCCCUGUGGCCACAACCUCUUCUGCAUGGAAUGCGCCAUGCGCAUCUGCGGCAAAGCCGAGCCCGAGUGCCCCGCAUGCCACACUCCCGCCACGCAAGCCAUCCACAUCUUCUCUUAGCCAGGCCGCGGCUUGCCGGGGCUGCCAGCCCUCCCCUUCCACCCCAACACUUAUUUUUAAGGACUCGGAAAACUGUUUAAAUCAACCUUUUUAUUUAAUAACGGAUCCAGUGGGCGCAGGGGGUGGGGGGGGGAAGGAGAGGCUGCUGUGUGCUGACUGGAGAGGAUGGCGGGGCGGGGGGUGGCCAAAAAAUCGGGGGUCGGGAGGGGUGGGGGAGGGGGCUGAUGAAGAUGAGGAGGAAGAGGGUGUGAAACUGCAGAGAGGAGGCAUCUCCGAUGUUUACAGAAUAGCUUUAACUCUUCACCUGGCUGUGGCCGCUAGGGGGAGGAAGCCCAGCUGUUCUUCAACAGUCCUUCCCAAAAUAACAGUAUUCAGUUUGCAAAGUUAAAUAAACAGAAAGAAAAGGUC